AUGCCUUCGCACAAAAUCAAGACGGUCCUGGUCGGCGCCGCCGCCCUCCUCCUCUCCUCAGCGCCCGGGCCGGCCCAGGCGCAGCAAAAGUACGUCCUCCACGACAACUACGACAGCUCAAACUUCUUCAAUGAGUUCAACUUUUUCGACCAGCCGGACCCCACGCGUGGCUCGCAGACGUACACGAGCGCGCGGACGGCCAACGACAGGGGCCUUGCGGGCUACGCAAAGGGUGGCAUCUACCUGGGUGUCGACGCCAAAACUCCCGGCCAGGGUCGUCAGUCGGUCAGAGUGACUUCGAACAAGGCUUUCGAUACGGGCUUGUUCAUUGCCGAUAUCCAACACAUGCCGACGAGCAGCUGCGGUGUCUGGCCUGCGUUCUGGAUGUUUGGUCCCAACUGGCCCAACUCGGGCGAAAUCGACAUCAUCGAGGGCGUCAACACACAAGAGUCCAACUCGGUGACGCUCCACACAGGACCCGGCUGUAGCAUCACUAACGACGGUACGGUCCCAUCCACCACGCUCAAAGACAAGGACUGCAACGCCGGCACGGCCUUCACGGGGUGUGGCCAGACGACGGCCAGCAACCAGAACUACGGUGACGGCUUCAACGCCAUCGGCGGCGGCGUCUACGCCGUCGACUUCAACAGCCAGGCCAUCUCAGUGUGGUUCUUCCCGCGCAGCGCCAUCCCCGGCGACGUCGCCUCGGGUAACCCGAACCCGGCAUCGUGGGGCCGGCCGCUGGCCAAGUUCAACGGCGGGUCCGGAUGCGAUAUCCCCGCGCACUUCAAGCAGCAGAACCUCGUUUUCAACAUUGCCCUAUGCGGUGACUGGGCCGGGAAAGUGUGGGAGCAGAACGACGAGUGCAAGGCCCUGGCGCCACAGUGCUCCGACUACGUGGCGGCCAACCCCCAGGCCUUCACGGAGGCGUUCUGGCUCAUCAACUCGGUCAAGGUCUACCAGGCUGAUGGUGGUAAGUGA